UCGGUGAACAGAACAGAGGUCAGGAGGAGUGGGCCCGCUGUUUUGCAGUUCACUAUCGGACAGUGCUCCAGUGCCCCGGAUCACAGCGUUUCUCGCCUGUCUCCUCGCAGGACCCGUCAGCCUGCACCCAGAAUUCCCCGCGUUGAGACAAGAUGGAGGAACGCUGCAGCUGCAGGGGAACAAUGUUUGGGCUCUGAAGACCCUAAGGAACGACCGAAGGUGAAAAAUACACGGCGAUACAGAGAGCGGUGGUCAUGCACUGGAUGAGUGUGGUGGCCUCCUGUUGAAGUGAAUCCAGCAGCAUCCGCACCAUCGCCAACCAACCCAUCCCACCCAGCGUACGUGUUUCAGACCAGCCACCAUGAGCCUCAUUCAGGACAAGCUGGGCAGCGAAUUCCUGCGGCCCAACGGCAGCAUGGACGGCGGCUUCGGCACGAGCAUGCUCAUGUUCAGCCACCUGCCGCCGGUCACCAGCUUCACCCGGCUGGCCGCCCAGUCGGUCAUGGCCGACAUGCCCCCGCAGGAGAUGAUGAGCCUGAAGAAGGAACGAGACUCGCCCGACUGUGGGGGUGGCAUGGGCAUCGGGGGCCUGGGGGGCCUGGGGGGCCUUAUGGGGGGAGUGGGUGACUAUGUGCACGCCAUGGGCAUCAAGCAAGAGAAGCUUCCGGAGCAUGACUACAGGUUGCCGCUCUACCCAGGCGGUGGAGGAGGAGGGGGCCACAACGGGGUCAUGGGCCAGAGGAACGGAUCGGACCUGCUGGAGGUGUCGUUGGGCAACCACCAGAACCUGAUGGUGCACGAUCUCAGCCUGAGCAAUCAGCUAUCUGGGAGGCUUGGGAAGGAGUCCUCCGGAAGGAAGGGUCGGAAGUCAAACGGUGAUGGAACGGAAGGGAAACCUCGUCGGAAACGUGGCGAAUCAAAGGCUCUAAUGCUGGACCCAGAUGGUGAAAGCCUGUCGCCCCACUCCAAGCCGCACAUCUGCGAGCACUGCAACGCAGCCUUUCGCAGCUCCUACCACUUGCGCAGACACGUGCUCAUACACACAGGUGAGAGGCCUUUCAGAUGCAGUCAGUGCAACAUGAGCUUCAUCCAGAAGUACCUCCUGCAAAGACACGAGAAGAUCCACAGUGGAGAGAAGCCGUUCAGCUGUGACCAGUGCAACAUGCGCUUCAUUCAGAAGUACCACAUGGAGAGACACAAGCGGACUCACAGUGGAGAAAAGCCAUACAAGUGUGACACCUGCCAACAGUAUUUUUCCCGUACGGACCGGUUGCUGAAACACAAGCGCACGUGCGGAGAAGCCAUAAAGAAGGGCGUGGACGGGGCCCUGCUGGAGGCGGGGUUGGCCGACGACGGCCAGGGCAGCUACUCACUCACUCAGGGAAACGGCCCCGCACCCGGCCGCAAGAGGGCGAAGGCCAAGGGGGGCGAGGGCGGGGACCGCAAGCGGAGAAAGCAGGGAGCCGCAGGGCCGGGCCCGGCCAUGGGGGCUCAGGACGGUGCGUACGGCUCCCUGCACGCUGGCAGCUACUCACUGGACAAACAUGGAGCGGACGCCAUCGGCCAUCCGGGCCCCAGCAUGCACCACUCUGAGCAUGGCCGGCCGCCCAAGAUGGCCUUCAAGAAGGGCGGCCGGAGCAAAGGCUUGGAGAGGGGAGCCGAGGCCAAGCAUGGCGGCUUGGACGGGCUCGGGCUCCUCCAGACUCCGGGCGAGGGGGCCAAAACGGGCACUGCCACCAGCAGCAGCAGCAGCAGCAAUUACGACGACGCCAUGCAGUUCCUCAAGAAGAGGCGCUACCUGACGGCGGCUAAUGGGAUUUCGGGAGGAGUGUCAGGGGUGGGUUCUGGGAACGGGGUGGAAUAUGACGUGGGCGUGGGGCACUUGGGGGUGCAGGGGUCCGGGGUAAUGGAUAACGACGGGCCGUUGGUGGGUCUGCUGGACCCCUCGCCUCUGGUCGUGGACCUCAAGCACGACAUUAAGUCGUCCAUCCCCGACGAGGUGCUUCAGAGCCUGCUCGAGCAUUACACUCACAAGCCCGACUUCGACCUCUCGGACUCCCACCACCACCAUCCGCACCACCACAACAACCACCACCACCACGUGGACCUGCAGCCUCCGCUUGGUCACGACGAUGACGCCCCGAGCCCUGGCGGCGAUAAGACGGUCAUGAUGCACGAGUACUCCCGCUUCCUGCUGCAGGCGCUGGAGAGGACCAGCGGCCACCACGGUGUCGCAGGCUUCCCGCCCCCCAACCUCGGCCCAUCGCCCUCCUCCUCUUCCUCCUCCCCUUCCGUCACAGGGUCCUUCCCGGGGCCCCUGUACUCCUCCGACAAGCACGUGGUGUACAGCUCGUCACCCCUGGAGUGUGGCGGGUUUGGCCAGCCGGCGGCGUCACCGGCCACCUCCUCACCCUCGCUAUCCUCCACCUCGUCCGUGCCAAAGUCCCACUUCAGCCUACUGUCGGGCUCGCCCCCGCAGCCCUCCCAGCAUGCCUUUCACCUGGGCGGCCUGGAGCCCGUGCUGGCCCAGCAGCUCACACCCUCGCAGGAGCUCAUCGAGCAGCUGGACAAGCCGCACUCCUCCUCCACCUCCUCCUCACCCCCUGCGCCCCACACCGCUCCGCACACCCCUUCCAGCAGCACCUCAUCCGCCUCCGCAGCCAAGAAUGGGGCCAGCGCAGCCUACCCGCUGACACCCUCGCAGGACCUGGCCACCCUAGACACGGCCAAGUCGGCCUACCAGAUCGAAAACUUUGCGCAGGCGUUCGGCUCCCAGUUCAAGGCAGUAGGAGGUGGUGGCGGCGGCGGCGGGCGUGGUGUGCCCAUGGCCUAUGGCACUGACUCAGGCGGAGAGGUGGACCACUGCGGCAGGACUCCCAUCUCAGAAUUCUCAGGGUAUGCUAGUCUGUUAGCUGACGUCGGCGAGCCAGUGAGCACCGGUUCCAAAACCCCAACAAGCCAAAGUUACAGGUGAAAGAGUGCAAGGGAGGCAUAGAAGAGUCACGUUUCAUUGAUAUUCUUAUAUUUUUUCUCGCUUUUGUUGUUUUGGUUGUUGUCAGUGUUGUAGUUUUGUAGUUUGAUGUCUUUUGUCUUAUCAUAAUUAUUUUGUAUUUAGUUCUCCUAUUUUGUUAUUAUUUUUUUAAGUUUGUUUUUAAUUAUUACACUGCCAUUUUAUGUUCAUAUGAAAUUUCACUUGGGAUGCCCUGCAAAGUAUCUCAACAAAUGCAAUUUUGUUUUUUAAGUUCAUUCAUCCUUUUUUUAAACUAGAGUUUUAUAUUUUAGUCGGUUAUAUCCCUCUCUGGUUUCCUUUCUUAGUGUCACCCAAUGCUUACUCCAUUAAAAACUCGAGGAAGUGCGUUUUUAAAAUAGUAAAAAAAAAAAUCAAUAGGACUUGGUUCCCCCACACACGCACAGGUGUUUUAGCAAUCAGUCUUACACACAUGAAAUAACAAUGAGCUUAAGAUGGCAGGGAUUGGCCAAGAGCUGAACUAGCAAAAAAUGAAAUAAAAAUGGAUAAAGUAAAGAUAUUUGUCUGUUACAAAGGAUUCAAGUUUUACUCAGGAAAAAAAGAAUACUAAAACAGCGUAGAAGGAGAAUUCUACCCGGAUGUGUUGCGAUCACUCGUCGGAUGAGACGGGUGUUUGUUAUCGUGGAAUAACAGGCCUUGUCGUAAAAAAAAUGAGCAAUGAUCUUUAUUUUUGUACUCCUCCUGUGACAAACGUUGACAGAUCAAGAACGAGGAAGUGCCGACUGCUCCAAAACACUGAUCACACUUUUUCCACGUAGCUGUAUAGAGAUUAUGGUACGUUUUCUUUUCUUUUUCUGUCGUUCCUUUUCUUCUCAUCUAUGUGAAAUAACUCGCAUUUCUUUCUCUCAAUAAGGGCCAUAUAUAUUUAUAAAAGUAUAUAUAUAUAUGUAUAAUGACAUGUAAUCCUUCUGGGGGCAGUCAAGGGAGGGGGGAGAGAGGGCAAGCUGGAGGUGAGGAGCAGAGGUGUCCGUAGGGUCCCAAAAACCCACCCUCUACCCUUCCUCUCCUUCUGUCUUGGAAUAGUAGAUCAAGAUGUCAAAAGAGGGGGGCCCGGUGGAACAGGUUAAUGUUCGCGAGGGGUGAGGGUGGGCCCACUGUGAUGCAAGGUUAAGAGUUGCGAGGUGGGCCCUCCGUCCUGCCGACGCUCUUCAGCUCCUUCCCCUUACUCUCUCCCUCUGUCUUCCUCGCGCACACACCUCUUCUCCCUCGCCACUCCUCCUUCUCGAGGAGGGCACCCACGAGCACUUUUUUUGAGCCGCGUAGUCAUGAACUAAACUUCCCGAGGCAGGCAACGGAGGGAGCGGGGGGGGGGAACUCAUUUUUUUUACAAGAUGGCGUCAGUCGGGGAGGGGAUGGGAAUGGGGUGGGGUGGGGGUGUUGGAGAGGUUUGGUUUUGGAUGGGGAUGGGUGGGGUGGGGUGGGAGGGUUGUGUUACUGGGAGAGGCUGCAACAGAGAUAUAUUGGGAGGGGAGCUCUCCCGCCAGCCUGUGUUUAUUAUAAUUAUUAUUAUUGUUAUUAUUAUUGUUAAUUUUUGUGUGUGGCAUGAUUUCAUUUGUAUGGGAGAAAUAGGGUCACUAACAGGUGGUGAGGGUGGGAUGAUUGUCUUCUGGGGCAGGGGAGGUGAAUGGGGAUGAUGUGGUGUUCUAUUUUUUAAUUAUCGUUCAAUUUCUCCCGUAUGCUUUUGAGGUAUGUAGGACUGGGUGUAGAAGUGGGUGGGGGGAGGGUGGGGUUUUCUUUGGAUUGGGAAUUAUUUGCUUUGAAAAGUAUUAAAAGGCCAAUUAAUAAUGGUUAGUUCUGACCCCCUAGUUAGUCAAGCUUGUCCCUGUCAGUUUGACUUUGCCAUUAGAAUAAUGAAAGGCCACACCUUGGAGUCACCACUUUCAUCUGUAUCAUGAUGACAUAUUAAAAAAACAAACAUGGCGAUGAAUCAUGCAAGCACGAAGGGUGAAGCACUGAGUCUUCAGCCAUAAGUUCAAAAUCCUCCGAUUUCAGAAAAUGUCAAGUUUCUGUCUUUGCUUUCAUUUUGUUUUUGCUUGUUACUUUAAAAGAAAAAAAGAGGAUCUUAACUGCAUUGUCUUGAACACCACUUUUUUAAUUUUUUUUUUAUAUAAACUGACUUUGCAAGUCGCGAGGACAACCCUUUCUUUUCACUGCUGUGCUUGCACACGUUGUCCAGGAGAGGGUGCCAGCAUGUUGUGCCCUGCCCGAGGGAAGUGGCACGAAGUCGAGUAGCAACUGAUCACAAGAACCACAAGCUACAGUCACAAAGAGCAGGACCUCUGAGGAGGCUGGCUGGAUGUCAAGCCCCAGCAGACCUUUUCUCUGUAUACCUCAUAUCACUGUACAUCAGGAGAGCCAGGCAGCGAGGUGUGUGUGUGUGUGUGUGUGUGUGUGUGUGUGUGUGUGUGUGUGUGUGUGUGUGUGUGUGUGUGUGUGUGUGUGUGUGUAGCAGACGCUGUAGCAUCCUUCAGACAUCAGUUUUUUUUUUUUCUUGAACUGAGGCCAUUUUGUGUGUGGUGGUCACUAAGCCUGUGAACAGAGAUUCUUCGAAUAGGGGCGAUGGUGAUUCCUGCACGUACUGACAUAUACUCUUAAAGAACACUUCUGUCUCGGAGGCCAGGUACAUAUCUAUAUGCACAGCCUCAAAUAUAGUUCAGUGUAGCAACCGUCUUCUAGCCAGUGUACAGGUUCAUUUGUCUGUCACUGAAGACAACAGUCAAACGGUCCACCAGGCCUGUCAGGAUAAAAGCCCCUGUUCUAGAGAACUGAUCUUAAAGUGUCCACCAGCCGCCAAUCAACUGUCUCACUGUUGGGUUUUUGCAGUGGUCUCUACGGUAACCUGUUGUCAUGGUUCCUUGUUGUCUGCAAUAAUACAUGUAUUUAUUUGGAAGUGCAUAUGUUGUUUACAUGAACAUGUAUUGAACACUAAAAUUGUUUCUUGACCCCA